CAAAUUACAAACUAGGGGAAGGCCCAGCAAGUGUUACCGUGUCUGUUCCCUGUUCGCGUCUAAGGAUUCAUGGUCGUCUACCAACACCCUAUGACCCUGUUUCGACCUCGUGUUCUUCCCCCUCACCCUUCCCUACCCUACCCCCAUCCCCACCCCAGCCUUUCCUUUCGCCAAGAAUUCUGUCAUUGUCAUUAUCACCUUUUUUUCCUCCCUUUCUAGCUCCUGCGGUUCUUGUCCUGACCUUUUCUCUUUCCCACGAGGCGUGAUGUGACUGCCUCCCUAAUGCUUUUCUGAAUUACCUUGACCGACUUGCAAGCGUGUCUUCUCUUCGCUGUCCUGUUCACCUUGUGCCGUUCUGCGUAGCCUUUCGUCUAAAGUAGGCCGUUCAUGACGCUAAUUAUAAUUCUUAAAUCUCCUUUAUCAUAGUUGUGCUUAUACUUUUUUUUACUGGUAUCAGUGCCGAAUCGGUUCGGAUUUUUUUCUAUUUCAUUUUUCUACUUCGCUUUUAAUUUCCUUCCAUCAAAUACUAACUACUAUUUUUCAUCCUUCUUCAAAUCGGAAUUCCUCCAUUCUCACCAGCUGUCCCUUUCUCCCAUCCCCUCGUUCCCUGCCUCACUUUCCCGUCCCCUUGCAAGGAAUGCUCCUCUAGUCCUGUCCCCCUCACCCUUCCCUCACAAGGAGAUAAUGUACAAACCUCUCCUAUCCCAUGAGGAUGGACAAGACGGGGGGUACAAGAGGCAUCCUUCUGUGGCCUUGGAGGAUACCACUGAAGACGAGGAUGAACUGUGGAGCCGCUCGAGUAUCCCUGAAUCUACGAAUCUCCUUGCCGGCGGGGAGAAAACCUAUGACGAUGUGGAAGCGAAGCAAAAGAAACUGGCAUACCCAAAGUCGGUAUUCUUUAUCAUCGGGAAUGAGUUCUGCGAGAGAUUUUCCUACUAUGGCAUGAAAGCCAUCUUAACGCUGUACCUGAAGUUCCAACUGAUGUUUAGUGAGGAUGAUUCUACUAUUAUCUACCAUGUGUGGGCUAUGCUGUGCUAUUUCACACCAGUGAUUGGAGCCAUUAUUGCAGAUACUUUCCUUGGACGUUUCAGAACAAUCUUUUACAUUUCCAUCAUUUAUGUGAUUGGCAAUGCAGUACUGUCUAUCUCAGCCAUCCCACCUAUUAUGCCAGAUCUUAAUACAAAGAUAGCUGUGUCACUAAUAGGGUUACUCCUGAUUGCCCUGGGAACAGGAGGUAUCAAGCCCUGUGUAUCAGCCUUUGGGGGAGACCAGUUUGUUCUUCCUCAACAGGAACGACAACUUGCCCAGUUCUUUUCCAUUUUUUACUUCAGUAUCAAUGCAGGUUCUCUUAUAUCAACUUUUGUAACACCAGUCUUGAGAGAUGACGUAAAGUGCUUCAAUGAUGACUGCUACUCUUUAGCCUUUGGAGUUCCUGCUGUCUUAAUGCUUGUUGCCCUAAUCAUCUUCGUGAUUGGAUAUUUGACUGGCUCAUACAAAAUCAUCCCUCCCGAGGGUAGUAUGCUGACGAACGUAUUUGGAUCUAUUUGGCAUGCACUGAGAAGCAAAUCAAAGAGCAAGGAAAAGAAGGAACACUGGCUAGAUUAUGCCUCAGAUAAAUACGAACCAAAGCUUAUCAAUGAUGUCAAGAUUCUGCUCAAGAUCCUCGUGUUAUACAUUCCUCUUCCAUUUUUCUGGGCUUUGUUUGAUCAGCAGGGAUCAAGAUGGACAUUCCAGGCUACUAGGAUGAGUGGAGAUAUUGGUGGAUGGACUAUUAAGCCUGAUCAAAUGCAGGUUAUAAAUCCCUUCUUCAUCUUAAUGCUGAUCCCCAUCUUUGACUCCUUUGUAUACCCUUUGUUGGCAAAGUGCAACAUUCUCACAAAACCCCUGACAAGAAUCUUCGCUGGAGGAGUCCUUGCUGGAGUAGCCUUCCUGAUCUCAGGCUUCUUGGAACUCAGACUUGAGACUACAUAUCCAGUGCCAGUCAAAAGUUUGGAAACCCGACUAUCAUUUAUCAAUGGACUUCCAUGUGAUGUUACACUAGGUCUUCCCUUCGAAGAGGAACAGUUUACUUUAAAACACUUGGAGGAGAAGGUGUUGAAGAGUGUUGCACUUGAUGGAGUAGAAUAUGAUCUAAAAGUUAGUUUAGAUCUUGACACCAGCAACUGCGGAAAUAUUGAGCACUUUGACAACGUUCUACGUACAAAAGUCUUUGAGAAAACGGCUCAUGUCAUCAUGAUUACUGCAGACAGCAAUGUGGUUAAACUGGUUAAUGUAGAUCCUCCAGAUGAAAUUGAGAAGUCUAAUGAAGGACUCCCAAGACUAAGGAUGCUCUACAAUCUUGAGCAGAAUAUACCCUUUGAUUCUGCAGUAGUUAUAAGGGGAGAAUCUGCAUACAGAUUCUUUAUCAGUGAGACGGAUCAAGGAUACAUAUCUGGAACAAAAUUCAUGGAUGUUGAACCUGAGACCUUUGAAGUUUUCCUGCCAACGGAGGACAAUGGAACAGAAUCAACCUCUAUUGGAUCUUUUAGUGUGAAGAUGGGAGGUGUAUAUGACUUCAUGGUGCAUAAGCCUCUUGAUGGAACCAAUGAAACAUCUGUCACAAUAUAUGAGGUCACUCCUGCCAAUACUAUCCAUAUGCUGUGGCUGAUACCACAGUACUUUAUAAUCACAGUAUCUGAGAUCAUGUUCUCCAUUACUGGCCUCGAGUUCUCAUUCAUGCAGGCUCCAAGUAGCAUGAAAUCAGUCUUACAAGCUGCCUGGCUUCUCACUGUAGCUUUUGGCAAUUUAAUUGUUGUCAUCAUUGCUGAAGCCAAAUUCUUUGAAAGACAAGCUCUUGAGUUCUUCCUCUUUGCCGUCCUCAUGUUUGUUGAUAUGGUGGCGUUCGCUGCUUUAGCGGUAAGGUACAAAUAUGUAGAUCAGAAUGGAGAAAUUGAAGAUUCUAAGGAGAAGCCAGGAAAAUCAGGGAAGGAAAAUGAGGCAUAUUCUGAUGAUGAGACAAACUUUUGAUUAGAUAAUUACAAAGUAAUUAAUUGUUAAAUACCAAACAUUUGUACUAUUUCUUGAUAUAAGUUUGUAAUGUAAAUAAUAAUUUGUCUUAGUUAAUAAUUUACUUAAUAUCAAAUGAAAAAAAGUACUCCUUCCAUUUGUAUGAUUAUUCGAAUAAGCUUUUGUAAAUAUUUGUUUUUAUUGGUUGCUUGAAUUAUACAUAUAUUUUGUGUCCAUUAUGGUUUCUGCUCCACAUCUGUAGAGUCUACAGUAUAUAAACACAUGUACCACAAUAUAUACAUAACCAUGUAUGAUGUACUAUUUUACUACAUGACUUAAUCAGACCUCAGUAAAAAUAAGGUCAAAGUUAAAGUUCAUUUAAAGUACUUAAUGUUUAUAUUUGUCUUUUUAUUCCAUAUUUUUCAUGUAUCUCAACCAUUAGCCUUUCAUCUUGUAAAUAUCAUUUUUAUCUGUGGAUAUUGUAGAACAGUUUUUACAGUAAUUCUAGGUUUUAACUUGGACAGCUGUACCACAAGUAUUUUCUGUCUUGUACAAGAGUCCUGUAAAAUACUAUAAACUUGGUGCCAGAUACCUGCACUCUGUUUUGUAUUUUUAACAAGUGCUUAGACACCAAGGAGAUAGAUACCUGGCCUACCUAAUCUCACCUUUUUCCCCCCAUUCCUUGAAUUUUUGUUAAUUUUUUACUUCUGUUAUUAUUAUUGUCAAUACUGUUAUUAUUAUCAUUAUCAAAUAUUCUCAUUAUGCUAUUAACAGUGAUAAUAGUAGUAAAUCAAGAACGUGCAUAAAUAUACAAAGAGUGGAGUAGGAAGGUGAGGUCAAGUAAGCCUACAAAUUGACUCCUUGAUGACUAUACACUUGUGAAGCCAUGUUUGUGUAAACAAGAUAAAUAAGGCAAAACCACAGUGGACAGCACAUAUAGGCAAGCAUUCCUAGUGUCAACAGGUUGAAUAAUGAACUCAUAGAAAUAACACAGGAGGCAAAGGAAAAACCAUUAUAUUUGCACAUAUUUUUCCAGAUAAAACCUUAGAAAUGUCAGUUUACAGCAAAUGUUUUUGGAACAACUCCUUUUGUACGUGGAAAUACAAAAUUAAAUUUUUUAUUUUUUUUGAUAUAUUUAAAUCAUUGUCAGAUUUUUUGGUGAUAUAUGUAAAUCAUUGUCAGAUUUUUUGGUGGAUCAGCUCUGAUUUAUAUUUUUGUUGCUGUUAAACCAGUAGAGAUACAUUUUUUAGGAAUACCAGUGAAAUGCAGAAAUGGUUGCAUACUACAGUAAUUUUAUAUUUUAUGUUCUUCCUCUUCUUGGUCAUAAAAUAAUUUACUCCUGAUACAAAAGUAUUAAAAACAUAAUUUUGUUUUUAAUUAAAGCGAGGUGUUUUUAAAUAAAUAUGUUUUAAUAAA